AUGAACGUGCGGACUAGAGAGCACGGGAGAUUUUACAUCGGCCCAAAUGGCCACCGCCGAUUUGCCGGGUCCGCCUCGGGCGUCUAUCUGGCUGACACAAUCCGACACAAGCUAGCCUCCCAUCCUCAGCGCGACGGUGGCGUCAUGGAGGCCUUCAUCUCUCAGCUCGAGGGCCUACCUCCUGCGCGGGAAGAGCAGCCAUCGUACACGCCCUACCUCCUCACCGCGGGCGACUUUUCGGACGAGGCGGAACUGCGGUCAAGAUUCAAUACUUACUUUGCUAAUUGGCAUCCCCUCUUCCCGUUCCUGGACGGAGCAUACCUUCAGGGUGUGUUCAAGCGGUGCGCUGGUAAUGCGCGGGCGGGCGCGGCGGUAUUUGAGGGGAUGGGUGGGGAACAUGCCCUCGUACUGAGCGCGAUAUUCCGCUCCAUCUUCAGCAUCGGCGGAACGGGCAGAGCUGGACCUGGUAUCCCCAUCUUUACAGACUCGACCUCGGCCAGCACCCUUGCGAUGGUCGUACUCGGCGCAUGUGAGUCUAAUCGACUCGACCACAUCUCGACCGUCCAAGCUCUUUUCGCCAUCGAGCUCUCCCUUUACUUUGCCAGGCGGUUCCGUCCCGCCUCGCACCUCUCUGGACUCAUCAACAAACUCGUAUUUGAAGCUGGCCUACACCGCUGUCCCUGUCGCUACCCCACAACCUUUGAUCUCCCCUCCGAAAGGGAUCUACGCAAACGCCUCUUUUACUCCAUCUACGUCCUUGACCGGUUCCUCACUCGGCAUCUCGGUGCGCCCAUCACACUCCGGGAUAUCGAUAUCGAUGUUUGUCUUCCAGGCGCUGCGGAGAUACAUGGCGAGCCUCCCUCUUCGGUCGGAUCCACCGAUCCUGCGGCCACCAAAUCCACCAAGCGUAAGCGGGACAAGGAGAGAGAGGACGACACGACCCCUGCUUCGCCUGUUCCUGUCCAUCCCUCCAAUCCUCAGACGCACGAUGGCGCUCCGCCCGGAUCGGCCCAGUCGCCAACGACGCCGUUUUCGGAGAGUCAAACGAGGGCGUCAGCGGUCAAUAAGCUCAUGCCGGCGUUCUCGCUAGCUCAGCUGGCCGGGAUCAUGGGGAGGAUCAUGGAGACCUUCAAUGGGUCGAGGAGAUGGAGGGCUGCCGAUGCGGAGGAUGCUAUGCGGAUAAGGACGGAGCUGGAGGAGUGGUGGAUUGACUUUGAGCUGGACAUGCAGGACGUCACUCAAAUCCAAACCACCGACUCGCGAGGACGGUACACCGCUCUCUUCCGCAGCCUAUACAACCAAAACCUCAUGCACAUCAACCGCCACUCCCUCUCCCUUCCUCCCGAGUCCAUACCGCACCGUAAUGCCCUACAAGCCAUCAUCCUCGCGGCUCGGACGAUAUGCUCGAGCCUCUCCAUCGAGCUGGGGCCUUAUCCUGGUUCUGCGGGACCAGGUUCAGCUUCAGGGUCAGGCGGUUCGAGAGGGGUCGGGCCGGCGGGGAUAGGGCUGGUAUGGCCUGGAUACGUGGAUAUGGUGUUUGAUGCGGGGCUGGCGUUGAUGUAUGGGACGAAAGUCUCAGCUAAGCUGGCGGAUGAUCGUGCCGCUGCGGGAAUACGACAGGCUGUACUCGUUAUGGACAGGCUGGCGGAGGUAUGGGACGGUCUGCAGCCAGUUGUCAUGGUGAUCAGGGAGUUCAACAAGCGGCUGGACCCACAUCGGAUCGCUUCUGGAACAGGCGACACCCCCGACCUCUCCCUUGACUGGCUCAUCGGCACAGACUUCAACCUCGAAGCCAAUCCCUCCGGUCCAGAGUACAUGUUCCUGCCAGGUUUCGGCGCUGGUCUCGGCGGGAACAGCGGGAUAGGACCAGGUAGUACAGGGUUGGGCGGUAUGUCAGGUGGCGGGGGUGCGGGGAUGGGCAUGCCAGGCGGAGGCGUGGGAGGAGGGGGGGAGUUUGGGGGCAAUGCGGAUCUGCUGCACUCGUUCAAUCUUUACGCUAAUGGGAUGUGGCCUGGGCCUAUGCCGAAUGCACAAUCUUGA